AUGGUAACAACAAGAAGAGCUUCUGCUGCUAAAGCUGCUGCAGCCACUGGUAGUAACUCUGGUGGCACCUCUCCUCCUGCCGCUGACCAUCGCGCACUUUACAAACGUACAAGUAUUGCAAGAACACCCGCUGAAUUAAAACAACGAAGAAUGGCCAUUGACGAAAGUCUUCGUAAAAAGCACCGUGAGCAACUCAUUACCGCUAAACGGUAUCGUAACCUCAACCGACAAGAAGAGUUGGAAUCAGCUGGUGAAGAAGACCCUUUAGCUGAUAAAAACGACGACGAUGAGGAAAUCAGUCCUUAUUACAGAUUAUCUACAGCACAAGUAGAAGCUUUGGCUAAAGAUCUUUCCAGUGAUGAUAAAGCCACUCGCAUUGAAGCUGCUCAACAUAUCGGUAAAUUUGUCUUGGAACCCGCUAAAGCUUUAAUCAAGUACAUUACCGAGGGAGAUUGUAUUAAAACACUUACCCACAUGAUUUCUGGAUCAAACCUGGAUGAACAAACAGAAGCCGCUCAAACCAUCUCUAAUAUUGCUGCUGGUUCAUAUGAUCUUUGGAUCAAGUCAGUAUCUACUGUACCUUACCUCAUCUCUCUCUUGGACUCUGACAACAUGAAUCUUCGCGAAAUUGCUGCUGGUGCAUUGGGCAACAUGGCUGCUGAAGACUUGGGCGACAUGAACGAUGAAGAUGACAAAGUUCGCGCUAAAAUUCGUGAUAAUGGUGCCAUUCAACCUCUUGUACGUAUGCUGGAUAGUCAAGAUGUUCGUCUGAUCCAAUCCGCCUGUUUCGCUCUUGCCAAUCUUGCCCGUGGUCAAGAAGCCCAACUUUCUGAAUUCUUUACCACGGGUCUCACCGACAAGCUCUUGAAACAUCUGUCCAAUCAGGAUACAGCUACUGAAGUUUGUUGGGUCGUCAGUUAUUUAACCGCAGGAAGUGAAAAGUUUCGUCAAGAGGUCAUGGAAAAGAACUUUGGUCCACCUCUCGUCAGUGAUUUAGCUACCUUGGCUGAUCAAGGUCCUGUCGUCUUACCCGUACUGAGAACCUUGGGAAAUUUAGCUGGUACCGAAGCGUUUUUAAAACGUUUGGCCGAGCAGGAACAGUUCCUAAGAAGUGUCGUGGCUCUCACCAAAUCAGAUCAAAGAGUCGUAAAGAAGGAAGCUCUUUGGGUUCUGUCCAACAUUACAUCCAGUCAAGAUCCUGAAAUCAUUAAACAAGUUGAAGACCUCCAUGCUAUUGAUAACUUGACUGACCUGGUGGGUCGAGGAGCAUUUGACAUUCGCAAAGGCGCUGCUUAUUGUAUCAUGAACAUUGCCAAUCACGGUCCCGAACAUCUUGACAAACUUGCACAUAAACAAUUAUUACCUGCUUUUCUUGAACUCUUAAAAUCGCAGGAUGCGGAUAUGAUGCGUUUAGGAUUGGGUUAUAUUGAAUUGUUACUUACACAGGCCACUCAUGGUAAACAAAUCAUUGACAGUGUCCCCGAUUGUAUGGAAGCACUUGCUGCUGUAGCACCUGCUCCUGAUCCAGAGUUAUUUGCAUUGGCCAAUAGAUUAGUAGAUCAAUAUUUCGGUGAAUCUCCCGAUAUGAAAGAAUAA